AUGGCAUGUUACGAAACUAGAACGAUUAGACUGUUCGAAGACCGAGCCGAGGAAUUUGUCAUUUAUGAUGAUAUCCUGCGAUCGCAACUCGAGAAGCAGGGCCCGGACCGUGUGUAUGGAUUGAAGAACACAGGGAAUUUUGAUUCUCUUCUCUCCAGCUCAGCCCCGCCGGAACUUGCAAAUGAACCAGGCGAUACUAUCGGAGACAUAAUCAAACACAAACCAUUUGAUUCCGAUACAGAUCCUCUGCUUUUUCCAUUCUUACUUCUGGAGGCAAAAUCCGAGUCCAGCAAUAAUGGAUUCGAUGACAUUCAAAUUCAAUCCGCUUUUCCGAUCCGAGCACUUUUGAAGUUACAAGGAGAUUUGCAAGCUAGUUCUUCCAUACCUGAUCCUUGUAUGGCCCCUUUAGUCUGGUUCCUUGCAUGUCGAGGUGAUGCGUGGAAGUAUACGGCUGUUAUACAGUCCCAGGAAAUGACAAUACUGUGGUCUGGCUCCCUGAUGCAUAAGGAUCAGGCUUUGCAACUUGUUCUGAUUGUUGAUUAUAUUAUGUACUGGGCCCGCGACAUAUAUCGCAUUGAAAUUCUAACGCAUCUCCGAUCAAUUGUCACCGGUAAACUCUCAGACGAAAUUACUUACAGAGACAGUGAUAUGUUCUCAACAUAUGGAACCAUCUUUAACUGGAUCCCACCCGCAAGAAGCAUCGUGACCGAGGAAAAGAAAAACUCACGCUCUGCUGUAACUGCCGAUGAACCUGAAACGAGUCUGUCAGACUUUACAACAGGACGGUUCAGCCACCAAAAGAUCCUCAAUACCACAAUUUCAAACACAAGGCUUGGAUCAGUUCGCUCAGCAAUGAUUUCACAUUUUAAUUUCGAUUGCCUCUACAUCACAUCCGAUCUGAUCCCUAGUCUAUUUGAAUUGAUUGGAGGUAAACAUCAGAGCAAAGAUCGCAUUGAGUCCGCAGCGAGAAGUUUCGUAAACUUCUUCACGCAAAUUGAUGAGACAUUGGUAAUGUCUGGAAAGAGCCUGGAGCUGUUUGAAUCACUAUGGACUGGAUCUAGCCGUUCCAGUUUGGAAGCUUACCCAGAGGAGCUUUUUGUCACCAUGGAGGCAAGUUGGUAUUUUAACACUUCUUGGGAUAUUAAGCGCAAAAUAUCAUGUCUGGCAAUAUCUCGAACAGCAUUUGAUAUGCUGACAAAAGCUGCCAACUUUCUAGUCAAACAUAGAGGGGUCCAAAACCUUGAAAAUACUGAGAGAAUUUGCCAUGAAGACAAAAUCCGACUUUUGGUACAGUGUCUCGCUUCUGGGCCCCCCUGGCAGGUACUUCUUGCCACAAUAUCGUCAACUUUGCUUACUUUGUACCCUUUCCCUUUACGGGAAAGACAUGAUUUUACACCCCCAUUAGAAGCCAUUGGAUUUGGCUAUAUUUGA